UCUCUCUCCUGUUCCCUGCACGUUACUUCAUUUCGUGCUCCCUUCGACAACCAUAGUUUAAUCUUCGGGGAUCAACAAUGGCUUCUUUAACUCCGAUAAAUCGAUCCAUCUCCAUUUUCAAGAAUCCCCAACUCGCAAAACCUGUUAUUUCCCUAUCCUCAACAUUCUCGCCGACGAACCCACUUCUUCUUCGCGCUAAAAUCGAGAAUCUGAGGAUGCCCAUGAACGGAGCAGCUCCUGCGGCGGUGGUGGUGGCGACGAAAUCGGCGGAGAAGCAGAAAAAGAGGUAUUCCGGCGAAUCAAAAGGGUUUGUGGAGGAGAUGAAGUUCGUGGCGAUGAGGCUUCACACGAAGGAGCAAGCGAAGGAAGGAGAGAAGGAGACGAAAUCGCCGGAGGAGAGACCGGUGGCGAAGUGGGAACCCACCAUUGAUGGGUACUUGAGGUUUCUUGUGGAUAGUAAGCUGGUUUACGAUACGCUUGAAGGGAUCAUCGACAAAGCCGCUUUCCCAAGUUAUGCCGAGUUCAAGAACACGGGAUUAGAAAGGUCGGGGAAACUGGCAAAGGAUUUGGAGUGGUUCAAAGAGCAAGGGUACAAGAUUCCCGGGCCAUCUGCUCCUGGUAUAACCUAUGCCGAGUAUUUGAAGGAUUUGGCCGAGAAAGAUCCUCAAGCAUUCAUCUGCCACUUCUAUAACAUCUACUUUGCUCACAGCGCGGGUGGCCGGAUGAUCGGGAGAAAAGUAGCGGAAAAGAUCCUCGAUGACAAGGAACUCGAGUUCUACAAAUGGGACGGCGAUCUUUCCCAACUUCUGCAGAAUGUGAGGGAGAAACUGAACAGAGUCGCCGAGGGAUGGACGAGAGAAGAGAAGAACCAUUGCUUGGAAGAAACGGAGAAGUCGUUUAAGCAUUCUGGCCCAGACUAAUUCCGACCUACACGCACGAUCCUGCAACACACGUGGGAUGUGAAACAUCCGAAGAUGGCAGGAGGGGAAUCUCUAUACUCUGAGUGUUGAAGUCACGAUCUCAUUUACAGGAAGGAGCUCUCAAAGGAUUCCCCAUUUUAAGUUGUUUUAUAUUAUUGUGUAGAUUGUUAUUUUUAUUUGUUUUCACAAAUGAUAUAUCCAAUAGUGUGCGAUGACUUGUUUUGCUCGAGAA